AUGGAGGAGGAGGACAAGUGCCACUCAGCGCGGAAGCGGUUUCAAGAGGAGUUUGACCGUCGUAGAUCGAGUGUGAUGGAGGAGGACAAGUUGUACUUGGCGUUAAAGCGGGUUGCAGAGGAGUAUGAUGAGAUUGAAUCCAAUCCCUCCGACGAUUUCAAGUGCGGCCUGCUCGGGCGUAACAUGUUUGAAUGGCAAUUUGCAGUCAGAGGCGCUAUUGGAUCUGAAUUCGAGGGUGGGAUUUAUCAUGGGCGGAUCCAGUUUCCGGAGGAUUACCCAUCGAAGCCUCCGUCAUUCAUGUUUUUGACGGAAAAUGGGCGCUUCAAAAUAAAAACCAAGAUCAGAUUGAAAUGGCGGCCAUCAUGGAGGGUGCGAGAUGCUUUACUUGAACUUAUUGAUUUAAUGUCCACCUACCCUGAUGGUGAAAUGGGUUCAGUAGAAUACAAUAAGGAAGAAAGGCGUGCCCUAGCCAUCAAAUCUCGUGCAGCACCCCCAAAAUAUGGCACUUGUGAACGUCAAAAGGUAAUUGAUGAGAUUCAUGAAUAUAUGCUAAGCAAGGUACCCCCUAUUCCUGUUCCUCCUCAACUGCAUUCCCAAAAUCAUGGAGCCAAAAGAAAGCACGGCACAGGCGGCACAGGCAGCAGCGGCGGCGACAACGGCUCUGUCGUGAAUGUUAUUGGGAAUACAUUUCAUGCUAUCAAUUCCAACGGAGUAGGAUUUUUGGAUUCUAUGAAUGAGGCCUUCAACCCCAAGAAAGCAAAACGGUGUUGGCUUUGGUGA